AUGGAAAAGCUCAAACAAGAUAAAAAGAAGCGACCGACUCCUGGAUCGACGUCCAACGACACGGAAAAUAAUUGUGGUAGCGAUCAGGCAUUGAAAAAACUCAAAAUCUUCUCCGACGAUAUCACCAAUGUGCAAUACACGUCUGGGAAGGCUUCUGGAUCCUUUACAAGUACCGCUAUGGAUGUUCAAAAUGAAAAUACUACACGGGAAACAACACAAGAAGAGGUUUUGCAGGCUCAGUUUCAAUUGAUGCGAGCGCAGAAGGAAAAGGGAUAA